AUGCCUCCCCGUCCUACGAUUAAUUCGACCGAUUUCACCCCGAGUAGUGCAAGUCGACCAAUCGUAAGAUACCCUCUCCUCACGGAAUUGAAUCAACAAUCUCGGUUCAUUACUGAGGAGGAGGCUCAUAAUAGAAAUCGAUGGUACCGCGUCAAUCUUUCGGGCCCAUUGAAGAAUUUUCCCUCCAACCUCUGCCAUAUGACGCAUAUCACUACACUUGUAAUUAAAAACAACAAUCUGGAGCGUCUGCCUCCUGAACUGGGCAACUUGAUGAACCUAGUGAACCUGGACGCGAGUUAUAAUCGUCUGCGCUAUCUGCCCGAGACGAUUGGCAACUUGAUCGACUUGAAAGCUGUAAUUCUCAAUGAUAAUUAUCUUAGUGAUCUUCCGAUUGAAAUUGGGUGUUGUUUUAACAUUCGUGGUCUUGCAAGUACUCAGAUUUCUGCUCUUCAUUUGGUUAUAGAGAAAGGCUUGGCAAUUCCCACAUGA